AUGACAUCCACGGUAUCGGAAGAAAGCUCUAAGGCCGACCCGCCAUGGAUAUGCGGAGAUCCGCUCAAAUAUCCUCUCCCAAAGCCCGAUAGUGACCCAUGGGCGAGAGUACUUGAGCCUAUGCUAGAGAAAGAAAACGAGAUUGCCUUUGUUGUGGAGUCGUACAAGGGAUUACAGCCAGAUUCCAGUGUGGAAAUAAUCUCGUUACUCGGUCAAAUUGCAUCAAUCCUCCGAGAGAGUACCAACCUUACAGCCGAUAGCAUCUUGAAUGGGACAAGUACAAUUCAAUUGCAACAGGACGAUCCACAAACACCCCCGCCGGUGAUGUCCCGUAUCAACAUACUUUGGUUCAUUAGUCUAAUUCUAAGCAUCACCACUGUUCUCGUCGGGACUGUUUCUCUUCAAUGGAUUAGGGAAUAUCGACUAUACCCCCGUCAUAUCACAUCGCGCGACAAGCUUGCAUUGCUAAACAUGCGAAUUGAAAGUUUCAUUGGGUGGGGUGUACCUACACUCAUUUCGCUAUUGCCCGUCAUCCUUCAGGCUUCCGUUGUCUUGUUUUUGGUUGGAUUGAUCGAUUUUAUAACCAUUGUUGCCCCAUCCCAGGUCUCAAUUCCUGUCAUUGCAGUCAUCGCCCUUCCAUUGACGCGUGCUGAUACCAUUUUACGACCAGUUUCCUGGCGGGGAAAAAUAUCGAAUCUGGUCGAUCGCAUGCUGCCCUCAAACGAUCGGAUAUUUCUGCAUUAUCGACAACGAUUCCACGAGCAAAUUUACAGACAAAAGUGGAGACUUUACGAUACUCAGUCAACUCCAAAUCAGCAAUGGUGUGAAAAGGAGCAGGUAUCCUUUUCUUGCGACGACCCUAACACAUCACCCCCUCUUUAUGACUGCAUUAUGGGUCUCAGGAAACUGCUUAGGGAAGGCGAUAAUCUCGAUCCGGAGCUUGCGUCGUCUAGCUACUACUGCGUCCAAGAUUUAUUCAAAUACGACCGUAGUGGCUCCUUUGGACCAAAGUUGUGGCAUCAAUAUCUUCAAGGCUUGACAUUGGAUGACCAUUCCCACACUUCUCUUGCCAGUCAUAACGAUGUUCAGCAAUUGAUACCUUCGAGGAUUUUACAGGAAGAAACCUUAAUGACGGCGUUGACGGUGCUCCCUCGCACACCAGAGAACGUUCUUGCACUCUAUGAACACCACAUCCGUCUCUUCAACUUUUAUUUGACAUUACCUGCAAGAUCAGUCACAAAGAGACAAAGAUUAGAGUCCACACUAUCUCUUCUAUCAAGAGAGCGUAUUGAGGAUCCCAAAGCUCGCUCUGACGUCUCCAGACAGUACACCAUGCUUCUAGAAAAGCUCUUCGAAACCUAUGCUUAUCAAACAACCCCAUACGUAUUCCGUUAUCAGAAUACUAUUCAACUUCUGGAUGUCGCUUUUCGAGCACAAGAUGACGCGGAUAGGAACCGUACCCUUCAAUUGAUUUAUUCUCAUGUGGUUGAAAUUGGAAAAUUCUCGUCCAGUCCCAUUGGUCCUCAAUAUUUGCUCUACUUCCUCAUGGCUUCUUACGUUGGUCUGGUGGUUGGUGCUGGUCAUCAUUUCACAGCCUUUGGAAGGCAGAUGGAAGAAUCUCUGAUUUUACAACUGGUGGACAUCGGGAACUCGAUACGCUUCGAUCAAUUGACACAAAGCGCGGAUCCUAGCGGAACUUCAAAGAUUGGCGCGAUACACAAACCAUACGCGUCAAGCAAAUAUGCAUUGGCGCUCACACACGCCGUCAGUCACGCAGAUGUGGGUGCCAGAGAUCCCGAAACCUGA